GGCAGUGCGCGGCGCGCGCGGCAGCCGACGACUCGCCCGCAUGUCCUGCGGCCGCCUCUCGAGCGCCACGUGUCCGCGUCGCGCCCGCCGCCGCGCCGCCUCGCUGUGCUCGCGUCCCUACUAUCCCAUACAAACGUUACCAACAUCGACACUCACCAUAUUCAACGGCCACGCCGGCCGCUUCCCGCGAACUAGUGAUCGAUGACACCGCCGAAUUGGUGACCCGGCUCGACCUAGCAUAGUCAUAAUAUCACUAAUAUAGAGCAGCCAAGCUGACAAGGCGUAAGGGUCGGGUGUCGCGGGUCGGAGGCGGAGGCGAGGGCGGAGCGCCGCCGCGCUGGAGGCUCUUCGGCGACACUCGCGGCAGGUCGCCGCGCGACGCCCUCGCCGCGUGCAGUUCACGGAGCGGGCACGCGAUGGCGCGCGCGGCGGCGACACGGCCGGUGAGUUGCGCGCGCGCACCAACCACGCUAAAUAUAUCCAUCCGCAUUGCGUUGCUGUGAGUCGUGGACCUCUGUGUUACCAGCGGCGGCUGCGCUCGCGCUGGGCGCGGCCGCCGGACGCUGUCGUGACCUGUGUUACUGCACUAGCCCAGUGACUCCAGUUUUGUUCUCCUUCAGCAUGUUCCUGCGCGUGCCUGAGAGCGGCGGGUCCGAUAUGUCGGGCGGCAGCGGCGGCGGUAGCGGCGGCGGUAGCGGCGGCGGCAGCGUGGCGGUGGACGCGCGCCGCCCCUCCACGUGUCGCGUGGAGCUGGGCGCGCUGCUGGCGUCCGAGCCGCGCCCGCUCGACAACAAAGUCAAGAGGCACAGCAUCCAUGGCAUGACGGAGGAGGAGAACAUCGUGCGUCCGCACCAGGAGAUGGCGGUGCUGUCGCUGGAAGAGAAGAAGUACCUGCUGGGCGUGGAGCGGGGCGACGUGGCAGGGACGCGGCGGGUGUUACAGCGCGCCCGAGACACCGGCCACAUCAAUGUGGACUGCGUGGACCCGCUGGGCAGGAGCGCACUGCUGAUGGCCAUCGACAACGAGAACUUGGAGAUGGUGGAGCUGCUGGUGGAGUUCGGAGUGGAGACCCGGGACGCACUGCUGCACGCCAUCUCCGAGGAGUUCGUGGAGGCUGUGGAGGCGUUGCUGGACCACGAGGAGCGUACACGCAAGGAAGGCGCGCCACACAGCUGGGAAGCUCUCCCGCCAGAGACAGCGACGUUCACAUCCGACAUCACGCCCUUGAUCCUGGCGGCGCACAGAGACAGCUAUGAAAUCAUCAAGCUACUGUUAGACCGCGGCGCCGGACUUCCGGUUCCUCACGACGUCCGCUGCAACUGCGACGACUGCGUCCGAUCCCGCAGUGAAGACUCCUUGAGACACUCCCGAUCAAGAAUCAACGCAUACCGCGCUUUAGCCUCCCCCUCCCUCAUCGCCCUCUCCUCAAAAGACCCAAUACUAACAGCGUUCGAACUCUCGUGGGAGUUACGACGUCUCUCCGCGUUGGAACACGAGUUCAAGACAGAAUAUCAGGAGCUGAGAGCCCAGUGUCAAGAGUUUGCGACGGCACUGUUGGAUCAUACACGCACAUCGUAUGAGCUUCAGGUGUUGUUGAAUCACGAGACCGGUUCGGCUCCGGCACCACCCACGGAGCCAGGUGCGCCGGAGCGAAUGCGGCUGUCCAGGCUCAAACUUGCGAUCAAACUCAGACAGAAGAAGUUCGUGGCGCAUCCUAACGUGCAGCAACUGCUGGCUUCCAUCUGGUACGAGAGCGUGCCGGGGUUCCGUCGCAAGAACAUGCUGCUGCAGGCGGCCGAGAUGGUUCGCAUCGGCGCCAUGUUCCCGCUGUACUCGCUGGCGUACAUCGCCGCACCGCACUCCACAGUGGGCCGCACGCUGAGGAAACCCUUCAUUAAGUUCCUCUGCCAUUCCGCCAGCUACUUCAUGUUUUUGUUUCUGCUAAUCCUGGCCUCGCAACGCAUCGAGACAGCAGCGGGCGGGCUACUGUGGGGCACGGCGCCGCACGGGCAGCCGAUGUCUCGGCGCGGUGCUCCGCCCUCGCUCGUCGAGUGGCUCAUCCUGGCCUGGGUCAGUGGUCUGAUCUGGAGCGAAGUGAAGCAACUGUGGGACAUGGGGCUACGGGAGUACGUGCACGACAUGUGGAACGUAAUCGACUUCGUCACCAACUCGCUCUACGUGGCAACUGUCGCGCUACGGAUAGUCUCGCAUUUCCAGGUCCGUCGUGAGAUGGCAGCAGGAUUAGUCGGAAACCAGCCGCGAGAAAACUGGGAUGCGUGGGACCCGAUGCUGCUGUCCGAAGGUUUAUUCUCCGCCGCCAAUAUCUUCAGCAGCCUCAAGCUGGUCUACAUCUUCAGCGUCAACCCGCACCUCGGCCCGCUGCAAGUCUCGCUGAGCCGCAUGGUCCUUGACAUCCUCAAGUUCUUUGUUUUGGACAUUCUUGUCAUCUUCGCGUUCUCGUGUGGUUUGAAUCAGCUGCUGUGGUACUAUGCAGACAUGGAGAAGAAACGGUGUACCACCAGCACGGCGCCAGCAAAUGGCACUUUACCAGAUCCUGACGCUUGCAUUGUCUGGAGACGGUUUGCCAACUUAUUCGAGACAAUGCAGACUCUUUUCUGGGCGGCGUUCGGGCUGAUCGACUUGGAUUCAUUCGAGCUGGACGGCAUCAAGAUCUUCACGCGGUUUUGGGGCAUGCUCAUGUUCGGCACGUACGAGGUCAUCAACGUCAUCGUGCUGCUUAAUUUGCUCAUCGCUAUGAUGAAUCACUCCUAUCAGCUGAUCUCGGAACGCGCAGACGUGGAAUGGAAGUUCGCUCGUAGCAAGCUGUGGAUCAGCUACUUCGAGGAGGGGGGCACAGUGCCCCCGCCCUUCAACGUGGUGCCGUCGCCCAAGUCUAUCUUGUACGCCUGGCGGUGGCUGCAGCGGAGGCUGUGUGGACACGCCAGGGCCAAGCGAGAGCACAUGCGCACUAUACGGAGAAAAGCAAAACAAGCCAACGAAAGAGACUUCCGCUACCAGGGCAUCAUGCGCAAUCUGGUGCGCCGCUACGUGACGGUGCAGCAGCGACGAGCGGAGAGCGGCGGCGUCACCGAAGAUGACGUCAAUGAGAUCAAGCAGGACGUCAGCGCCUUCCGCUGCGAACUGGUCGAGAUUCUACGCAACUCUGGCAUGAACACUUCCACGGCUAAUGCAGGUGCUCCAGGUGGCGGCGGCGGCAAGAAGAAUCGUCAGAAAGAGCGUCGUCUGAUGAAAGGGUUUAACAUAGCUCCCACCGGCUCACUAGCGCCAGUGGACGAGUUCCUAGCGUCUCUCCAUCACGAGCACGGAGGAGCGCAUGGAGUAGACCACGCUUCGAUGUCUGCAUUCCUCGGAGGUCGUCUGCGCACGUCGCAGUCGAGCCUGUCGGACGGCGCGUCGGGCGCGGUGGGGCGCCGCAAGCCGGCGCAGCACAAGCGUCGCUGGGGCACCAUCAUCGAGGCGGCGCGCGCGGCCCGCGUCUCUAGGCUCAUCGGCCGGUCGCGCUCCGAGGACUCCGUCUGCGAUACCCGGCCUUCGCCGAGCGGCAGCGAGCGGUCGGAAUCUGGCAGCGACUCACAGCGCAGCCCGGAGCGGCGCGGCGGGCCGCUCCACCCGCUGUCCGCGCUCGCCGCACUCAAGCGCAAGCGCAAGAAGUUCUCCGACUCCCGCCGCUCGGGCGCGGACGAGCGCGUAUCCUCGCAGGUCACGGAGGCGCUGCAGCGGGCCAGCUCGGUGCCAGCCAGGGUCCCGCCGCCGCCGAAUACGAGCUCAGUUGUGGUCCAGCGUUCGACGCCGGCGCCGGCACCGGCCCCGGUGAGGCCGGCGCACGCGCCGCACUCGGCUGCGGACGCGGGCGCCGGUCGUGGAGGCAGUCGAGAGCCACUGCUCGCCAGUCUUGAUGACGAUGCACAUAAGGAGACAUGCCACCAGUGCGGCUGCGAAGCUGGUCCAGGGACUCCAGGAGCGGCACCCUCCAGUUCUGAGGACGUGCCGCGGAAGGGUGAGGCGGAGGCAGGCGCGGCGGGGGGCGCGAGCACCACGUGCGGCCGCUGCGCCGCACUAGCCAGAUUAGCUGGUGUUACACCGCUACACGGACAUGCCCCGCAUCACUCCGCUGGCUGGCUUUAGAGGCCUGCCUACGUUAAGACUCAUCAAAUAACAUCACAUGUAAUGUGAUAUCUAUGUUCUGUCUGUACAAGUUUAUGCCGCCAAGAUCAAUGCACAGUGCAAAAAGGACAGAUAUGCGACUACCCGAUAUGUCUCUGCAACUUGUACGUUAGUUUUAUGAUCGUGUAGUGUCAUGAUCUUGGCGGCAUGAACAGUAAAAUGGAUGGCAGGUAGAAUUGAAGAGUUGACAAGAAUUACGAGUACAUCUAUAGAAACCAAAAAGGUUGUUGACAGAAGGUAAAUUGUAAAUAGUACUUUAUCUAUUACUUUACAACUAAGAGUCGUUUGCUAUGAAAUACAACGACGUAUCGUAUCGAUGGGUUCCUCGCAGGCCAUGUUAUACUAUUUACAAAGUCACGUUAAUAAUAGUCAAUGAGCCGAACAUCCUCCAGUCCUCUAGUCAACUACUUCUAGUCAUUAUUAUUAGGCUCAUAAUUUUGACAGCUAACAUGUAAACGUAUUUAGAUAUAAAAUAAUACAUUUAAAACAUGGCUUCGAGGAAACCGAAAUGUCAAGUAUAUGCCUAAUAUUAAUUAUAAGAUUCCCUAAUUCAAUGUAGGUAUGACUGCUUGUUUGUAGUGAUGAUUUGUUGUCACUCAAUGAAUCAUUGGGGUCCAAAAGCGGUGGGGCGUAGGCUCACCUGUGAAUCCCUGCUUUAAUCCCACAAAAUUCCUGUGCCCUGAAUUCUUGAUAUCCUAAACUUAAUUUUAAGGCGCGAUGUCCUUCCCACCCUUAAAUAUUUUCCUUCAAAAUCAUUCGAUAGGAGAAGCUGCUGCAUCACUUGUUAUCAUUUCGCUGUACAGUAACUAAUAAUCACAACGAUUAACGGAUACGAAAGCAAUAAUAUCUAAAUAUCGUCCCUAUAGCGGACGGAGUAAAUAUUAGUGACGUCCAUAUUGUGCCUAAUGGAAGAGAUCCCUCGCAGAAAGACACUGAAGGAUGGAAUUCUUCAAAGGUGACUAUAAAUUCCAAUCUGAUUACUGUUUACCAAUAAAAAAAUAUAAUAUAAAAAUUACACGUUUAGCGGUGUCAGGGUUGGUAAAAUUUUGUUGUUAUUUUGAUAGCGCCGAGGUGCGAUCCACUUUAGAUCUAAUAACUACAUACUAAUUUAUUAUUAAGCCUAAGAAAGUGGCCCAAUUCAUGGCAUUCUUAGUUUAGUUUCCUGUAGACAUUAUCAUAUCAAAAAUUUUGUAUACACAUAACAUCACUACGUAUUAUAAUGGUUCAUAGUAAGUAGAAGUUAUUGUUCGGAAAGUUAUAAAUUAUACAACUAGUGUUUGAAUGUGCUUCAGUAGCUAUUUGUGACAGUUCGCAUUUUCAGCCUAACGAUUGCAAGGUUACAAUUCCUCUAGAAAUCUGUUUUAUUACACAUUAUAUUUCUGUCUUGUAACGUAAUGUAUUCUGGUUUGUAACGUAAUGUAUUUCAGAUCGGUUUUUCCACAUUAUUUAUGAAUAAUUAUUUAUCAGUUUAAGGAUCACUCAGAUUCAGGUUCAAGGAUAACCUAUAAAACCCAGAGGAACAUCAAUGAUUCCUAAAUUAAACUUGAUGCAAAUAAAUUGAUGACUUUUUAGAUCACAUUUUUAAUGAUCUAAUAGUUAAUCUAGCCCGAAGGACCAUGCUUACUUUCUUAAUUAUAUAAGAGCAAUUUAUUGCUACUACACUCCACACAGAACAAUGCAUCGAUGGAAUUGCUUUCUAUUUAGACAGAUAGAUAGGUACCUACUCAAAUUUAUUGAUUACACUGCGCGUAGUGUUCGUAAGGGACCGCGAAGCGGUCCGAAUUAACACAAUGCUGAGCGAAAUAAGGCACAAAUUGGCGCAGAAAUAGAUAAGUUACUUAUAAUAUAUCGUAGUUAUAACUCUUCCUAAGAAAUUUAAUGUUAACGCGAGAUAUUGCAUGAACACCAACUAGAUGUAGCGGUUAGAGGUAUCGAGGGAGUACUCACCGGAUAUUAGGUAUACUAAUGGCGAACUUAUAGUUAGGCAUCCUAUUAUAUUUACAUAAGUGUGAUACACACGACCCUGUUUAUAGGACGGUUGUUGCAGAGAAUGCCAGAUGAAGAGUCAUAUGGAAAAGGCAGAAAGAGAAAAGAAAAUAUUGUCACUUUCAAGUUGAGGCCGUAUGUUGCUAAUACUAAAUUAAGAAAAGCUAAAGGGAAUGCGUUUGUUUUGAAUCUCAUUAUGUAUUGCAAUAGUAUCACCUAUACUUUAGAUGAUAAUGGCAAGCGAACUGUCCAGUAAGAAGGGUUGUGUCGGUGCUCCUCGCGUGGCGUAGAGAGGACAUAUAAAUCUAAAACAAUCAUGUGUUCCAGAAAGUUUUCCACUAAUAAGUUAUUCUAUCGGCGCACACAGAAUUCGUAAAUAAGUAAGAACGAACAAGACGAAACAGGGAUUUUUAACAUGUCGUACCUCUCCUAUAUCCGAAACGUCAUAUGAUACCCUGAUUUUAUAAGACACUUUAGGUUAGGUAGUCACUAGUUCAUAGGUUAAAUAUAUCUAUACGUUUGAUGCAAUACCUAUUAUCAUAUGUGAUCACAAAGUUUUACAUUCUUAUAUUUAUAUAAUACAACUUACGCAAUAGUUUAUGUAUGGAAUUUUUAAGGCAACUUGGAUCAUACAGUCAGGUUUCUGAGUCUCUUUGUUCACUUCAUCUGUAUCCUUUUCUGAAAUAAUAUUUAUUCACUUGCGAUUGCGAUUGAAAGUUCAAUAAAUAUAAUUUAUAACUAAAUUAUGCAACUUUUAUCUUUGUUUUAAUUUUAAUACAGACAAACACAACGAUAUUUAUCAUCAGUCAGACACCUGAUUGUGAUGCCAAGUCCACCAGAGUAUCGGGAGGAAUAUAUCCAACCGAAAUUAUUAUACCUAUUUUAAAAAUAUUAUCAUUGAGUACUGGGUGUAGCUAUCGAGUAUGACCAGAGGCCUUCACGAGUUUAGUUGUCGUCGCGCGGGCGUCCGCAACGGCCGCGGCGCGCGCACAUAAACGAUUAUAUUUUGUAAAGAGUUGUUAUUUAUUUAUACAUUAUAUUUGUAUAUAACGGUGCGAAGUUUAAUACAAUAAGCACUAUUUA